UAUAGAAUCAAUGUGCCCACUGCCCAUGUAUUAUAUUUAUAUAGUAAAUAAUGAUUUCAGUAUGAUAUCAAUCAUAAAUUUUAUCGCAAUUGACGAUAAACGCAGAAGCAUAGUAUAGAUAAAACGUAUCAUCGAAUAAUAACGGUAUUUCUUGGCCUAAGAUUUGCUGUAUACUCUAUUUUUUGUAUUCAUUCGUUACUCGUUAGUACUAAAAUGACAAGUGUAACAACAAUUCGUAAGCGCGAUGUUUUCGUCGAUGACGGGUUUAUGUAUGUAUUCGACUUUUUAAGUAGAGACGGUAAGAAACGUUUUUGGCGGUGCAGAAAUAGAAAUAUAUGUAAAGCCAGAAUACAUACUAAUGUAAAAGAUUUAACUGUGAUAAAAAAAAUCAAUGAUCACUCGCAUGAUUUGGAUGCCGCUAAAAUUGAAGCAGAAGUUGCUGUAACAAAUAUUAAAAUUCGGUCGGCGCAAACUUUAGAAUCGACAUCAAUAGUACUCAACGAAGGUACGUCCGGUCUUUCACAAGCAGCCAAAGGUACAAUACCAUCAAUCUGUGCAUUAAAGAAAAAAUUUCGACGAAUACGCCAACAAAUUGUAACAGCCCCACCUGCAUCUACUGAUUUAAUUUCACUAAUAAUCCCAAAAACGUAUUCUAUGUUUUCAUCUUCUCAAGGUGUUACUGAAAAAUUUUUACUCGACGAUAGUGGACCUGGGCCAGAUCGAAUUUUAAUAUUUGGUAGAUCAAGUAGUUUAAAUAUUUUAGAACGAUCAAAAGUAUGGUUUUGUGACGGAACAUUUAAGAUUGCGCCCCCUCUUUUUGCACAAGUAUACGUUAUAUUGGCGAAAGAUAUUGGAGGUGUACAUCCACUUAUUUAUGCACUCUUACCAAAUAAACAGGCAAAAACGUAUCAUCGACUUUUUAAUAGAUUAAAACAAUUAAAACCCAAUUUGUGUCCCGAUUUUAUAUCAUGUGAUUUUGAAAAGGCAGCUAUAUCAUCGUUAAAAGAUAUUUUUAUUAAUGCUCAAAUCAAUGGAUGUCUGUAUCACUUAACGAAAAAUAUCCGAUUGAAGUUAUGCAGUUUAGGUUUAAUGACAAAUUACAAUAAUAAUGCUGAUUUUGCUCUUUCUGUUAAAAUGAUAACAGCAAUAGCUUUUGUAAAAAUUGACGAUAUUGAUAAAGUAGUAGAUGAACUAGCUGAAUACUUACCAGAUGAGUUACAAGAUCUUUUAGAUUGGUUUGAAGAUAACUAUAUUGGCCGUAAAAAUAGAUCGAAAAGUGGAAGUAGACCAGCACUAUCUCCUCCGAUUUUGUGGAAUGUACAUGAUCGAGUAAUCAAUGAUCAGGAUCGUACUAAUAAUUAUGCCGAAGCCGCCAACCGAAGAUUAAAUACUGAAAUGGGUGUUAGCCAUCCAACACUGUGGUCGUUUAUUUUAAGUCUUCAUAAAAUCCAAUCUGGUCGUGAUACAUAUUAUUCUCAGUUGGAAGCGGGGAAAAGUCCACCAAAAAAAUUGAAAAAAUAUUUAGACGUCGAUAAAAGGUUAAAAAAAAUUGUAAGUAAUUAUAAUUCAUAUAAUUACAUUUCAUUUUUGAGAGGUAUCGCAAUAAAUUUGUCAUUGAAAUAA